AUGAACAAACGUCCUCCCAAGGGAAAGAAAGCCGCCCCUGCCCCGUUCCCCGCUGGGAAGGGUAGCAGCAAGAAGGCCCCCAAGAACCCUCUCAUCGAGAAGCGCUCUCGCAACUUCGGCAUCGGCCAGGAUAUUCAGCCUCCUCGCAACCUCUCCCGUAUGGUCAGAUGGCCCGAGUACGUCCGGCUGCAGCGCCAGCGCAAGAUCCUCAACAUGCGCCUGAAGGUCCCCCCUGCGAUCGCCCAGUUCCAGGCCACUCUUGACCGCAACACCGCCGCUGCCGCCCUCAAGCUUCUCAACAAGUACCGUCCCGAGACCAAGGCCCAGAAGAAGGAGCGCCUGACCGCUGAGGCCACUGCCGUCUCCGAGGGCAAGAAGAAGGAGGAUGCCUCUAAGAAGCCCUAUGCUGUCAAGUACGGCCUCAACCACGUCGUUGGACUCAUUGAGAACAAGAAGGCCAGCCUCGUCCUGAUCCCGAACGAUGUCGACCCUAUCGAGUUGGUUGUCUUCCUUCCCGCUCUCUGCAGAAAGAUGGGUGUGCCCUACGCCAUCAUCAAGGGCAAGGCGCGCCUGGGCACUGUUGUCCACAAGAAGACCGCCGCCGUCGUGGCCCUGACCGAGGUCAAGCAGGAGGACAAGAACGAGCUGUCGAAGCUGGUGAGCGCUGUCAACGAGGGCUACGCCGACAAAUACGAGGACCACCGUCGUCACUGGGGCGGUGGCAUCAUGGGCGAGAAGGCCAACAAGAAGGUCGAGAAGCGGAGGAAGGCCCUCGAGCAGGCCAUCAAGAUCUAA